UUCCAGACUCGACAGCCAGAUCUGAGGCUCUUUCGCAGAGAAACAACUAAUCAGCAAAGCGUCAGACACUCUUCGCACAGCUCGGCAGGGCAUGAAACAUGGUUGGAAGUGGUGUAGGACCAUGACAGCGCGGAUAUAAGCAACGGGUUGGCGCGACUUCCGAUUCCGAGAUUGAGCGUUCCGCGACAUUCCACUCGGCGAGCUUUAUCAGCGGUCUCUCUGACUUCAACCUUUCUUCGCCGGCUCGGCACUAGUCCUCACAAAUCGUCCUUUUUUGAAGCGUUCAGUCAGCCUUUAUAUCGUAUGCGCGCCUCUCUCGACACGCGAUGACGUUCUCUGCCGCCGGCUCAACCGCCUUUUUCGUCCUCUCCCUUCUCGCCAUCACCACCCUCGUCCUCCUGCUCCUGCGCUACUAUCUCCCCCUGCGCACAACCCCCGCCUACGUAGUCCUACCCGUCUUCCUCGCGAUAGCACUUCCAGCCAGCAUCGUCGUGCUGCUUCCCAUCGAUCUCGCGAGCAGCGCAGGAACAGACACAGGCGCAAGGGGGAUAUGGCUUAGUGACACAGUCGUGUACAAGUCAUGGCGCGUCAUGUACUGGCUGACUUUCGCGCUGACGUGGGCGAUUCUGCCCAUGUUGGGCGAAUACUGUGAUUCGGGAUACAGGGAGCCAAAAAGUAGGAUGAUGUAUGCGCUGAGGAGCAAUGGGCGGUACUGGCUCAUCGUGCUGGCGUGCAGCAUCGUUGGGUCAAUAUACAUCAUAUUGUGGAAUGGGUUCGAUAGGGAGACGUUCAAGGGCUUGGUCAUGGCGCUGGCGUAUACAUGGGGCCUCAUUCUCGGCAUAUACCUGAUGGGCCAUGGGUUGGUAGCGUUUCCGCGAAGUUUGUUCCGCUACGCGAGUGUUAGCGAACGGUUAAAGAGGAUACAGAGCCAGGCGCCAAAGGUCCAUGAUAAGUUGACCGAGGCGCUGGAGAAGCUGGAUCAGUAUGAGUUCCAGGUUGUGCAGCUAAAGCAGAGGAAGAACGCGACUACGAGGGAGUUUCAAGAGUGGAUCGAUGAGUUGGCGGAGAAGGGUAACUUGCCGGAGAAUAGGGCAGGUAUAGUUGGACGCACAAGGACGACGACUGUACCGCCUGUCAUCACAGAGAGGUACCUCGCGGACUUGACGCGAAAGCUGAAGAGAGCCCGACAUGCAAAGACUCGGUUUGAGAUGGAAUGGGACCAUAUCGUCCGAAAGGCGGUCCGGACACAAGCCAUCCUCGACUCGAAAGGAAGCCAACGCCUCGAGUUCAAGACAUCCUCCUUUCAUCCAUCGCAAAACUGGUUGGAUCGUUUCACACUUCUCACGCCAUACACGCGCUACCAACUCCACGUCCACAUCAUCCCGGUCCUAACAUACAUCACCUGGUUCAUCACCAUCCUCGCAUCCAUCUCAAUCGUCUGGUCUGAAUGCGUCCGCGAAGCGCAGGACCUAGGCGGCCCUAAACUCUCCAUCAUCGGCUGGACCGUUGUACACCGACAUGACUCAGGUCGCUCGUCUAUCGGUUUUAGUAGUCAAAUAAUCGCCACCGCAUGGCUGUGCUACAUGUGCAUAUGCGCUUUCUACAGUCUCACCGAAAUCAAGAUCUGGGGCAACAGGGCGUUGGUUCGGCGCAACACGUAUCAGGAGAGCGCAACAUGGUAUGGAUUACAAGUUGCGAAGUUGACUGUUCCACUCAGUUACAACUUCCUGACCAUGACGGAUAAGAAUAUCUGGAAGGGCACUAUGUUUUACAAGUUCUUGGGCAGGCUCAUUGUGCUCACACCACUUGGUCAGGGAUUUUCGGCAUUCUUCCCAAUCUUCAUCCUUGUACCUGUUUUUGCUACGGCCUUUGGGCUGUACGGCAAAAUCAAGAAUAUCUGCGGUUUUGGAGACCUACUAGAGGACGAAGACGAGGAAGAUGCUCAAGGUCAACAUGCAGGCACUGGAUCGUGGCGUGAAGGACGAGCCUUGAUCGAGCGGGAGAUCCAGGGUGCAAGUGGAAACGUACUAGGCCUUUCACAACGCAGCACAACGUCCCCGCCGAACGAGCGGUACACAGACAAUCCAUCAUCAUUCUCGACCAGUGCAACAGCUGCCGCAAACGGCGAGCCAAGCACCUCUCUCCCUCCACGAAUGACACGGCCCGAACGUCGUCGCCCUGUGCUCGAAGACGACGACGAAGACUCCGGCAAUUUCUUCGAGAACUUCGCCAGCAGAAUGAAGAACACUUUUGAAACCAACGACUUCACAUUCACACGGCCGAAGUGGCUAGGUGGCGAUGAAGAAGAAGGUGAUGGUGCUAGGCAUAGCAGAAGGGCACCGGGUCAAGAUGCGGACGAGGAUCGAAGCACUGGGUUCAUGAGUCUGUUUGGUGGAAGGUCAGAUGAAGGGAGACUGAGGCUGUAAUAUAUGCAUUAGAAUAUCGGGGGCAAGCAUUGGGUUGGAGUUUUAACGAUGUUUUUUGGCUGUAAGAGGCAUAUAACUCUACUCCUGUGCGCUGUUGAAGCGCAAUCAAAGUAUUAACAAGUAAUUAUUAAUAGAGAGAUGGGUUUCGUGU